UUAUCAUCCUCUUCUCAAAAUCAAGAUGACCAACUACAACUCGAAGUAUGCGUGCCUGCAUGCUUCCUGUUUGUUGCUAUUACUGAUAGCUUCGUCAACGGUCACAUUUGCGGAAAGCUUCUUGCAGUGCAAGAAUUCCAUUUCAUCCGUCGAUCACCCAACGCCGGUUCGCCACCGGGCAGGCAUGCACAUCGGUAGCGCCAUAAGCACAAGAGUCCAGUCUUCGACCGACAAAGCCGUUUCUAUCCCUCCGGGUGGCGGUGACAAAAGCGUUUCUUCUCCGGAAGAAGAGCGAACCAAGGCGAACGAAAUCAUGACCUAUUGUGCGAAAAUAACGGCUCUCUCUGCCGUCGUGGAUCUCCUCGUCGAUGGAUCCAGUCUCAUUGCUGGAAUUGCUUCCGGCGACUGGAUUUUUCCCCUGACUACGCUUUGGAAAGUGAGCUUCAGCUACAACGUGUGGAGGGUUUCCAAAUUGUACAAGAAAAAGACCAAAACGGUCUCCGAUCUCUAUCAAUUGCUGGAAAAAUUCCUGGUCAGGAUGACUGGGAUCUGGCGGCGCCUCGCCGUAAUGGUGUCGCUCUUGUCCCUGGAGUCGGUGGUAACCGUGUGGAAGGAUUCCAUUCCGAACAUACGUCCGGCGCUGAACGCGUUGUAUGCCUUUGUGGGUAUCGUUUCCAUCAAGCUCUCUGCGAACGAGACGGAAAACCUUGCUAUUAAACGCCCGGAAGGGCAGGACGACGAGGCUUCCCCGCAACGAAUCGUACGUCUGGGACGGGUGGCGGUCCGCGCCAUGUCGCUCGGGGUCUCGGCGUUCGUCCUCGACUCGAUCAUGACCCCCGCUAUUGCACUCCGAAAACCAAGGGGAGAAGCUAUCGUCCUCCUCCUGGAUCUCACGGUAUCCAUUCCAUUCGCCAUUGUCCUGUGGAAGCUGAGGAGGUCCUAUAUUGGGUUCAUUGAGGACGUGGCAAAUACCCCCAUUGGCGGUUCGUCGUCUCCGACGAUGAAGGCGAGGGUCGUCAAACCCGAAACCCAGAUUCAGCUCGCGAUAGCACAACAGAAUUUCUGGGGAAGGAUCAAGUCGUUUCAGCAACACCAAAUGUUUUACAAGACCUUGGCCCUAAUUGCACAGUAUAAAGUGAUUGAAAAAGUUCCCGGGGUCUUCGCAAAAUGAAUCAUUUUCCAAGGCUACGAGUUCAGGGGCAUCAAGCCGUGUUUGGUAGAAGCAUGGAGAGAAACGCGCGCUUUGAAGAAUCGAUCAAAUGCACCGGUAAUGUUGUUUCAUUUGAACGGUUGCAAGAAUUAACCGAAACUAGUAGUAUUCCAACUCCGGGAAAAAAUUUCGGUUGUAUCGUUGCUGGAAGUAAAUCUCUCUCCUACCUGUCUUCCAAAACUGGAAGGGCUGCCAAUGCAACUAGGGGUGCAUCAAAAUUAAGAUUGUUUUUCUCCAAUGAGUGGAGUUGGUCUGGGUCCUGAGUGGUUUCUGUAUGCAACGAUGCUCAGUUGCUGUGAUGAUUCUACACCCAUUCCAUUCCGAUAGAAUAUAUAUAGUAUCUUCUUGAAUGCACCACACAUAUGAAGUAAUAAAGAUGCGUUCCUGUUUCUUGUUAUGGAUUGUAGGUUUCUCGUCCCUCAUUGUUUUAGUUGGAGCCAAAGCAUCAUCAUGAAAUGGUUCUUGACCAUGGAUUUUUCUUCUUUUCUUGUUGUUGUUCUUCACUGGGUAAGAGGGAAGGACAAUAAAAACUAUGUACAGUGGGAUAACUUUCCUAGUUGGAUUCGAGGGAAGAAUAAACAAGUGUUAGAUGU